AUGGAUGAGAGCUUCCGAGACCGGACGGCGUUCAUCCGGGGCGCCAAGGACAUCGCCAAGGAGGUGAAGAAACACGCGGCCAAGAAGGUGAGCAAGGGCAUGGACCGCGUGCAGGACGAGUACACCAAGCGCUCCUACUCCCGCUUCGAGGAAGAGGAGGAUGAUGAAGACUACGCGCCCCAGGACGGCUACUACCGGGGGGGCGAGGGAGCCAACGAAGAGGAGGGGGCGUCCAGCGAUGCCACCGAGGGUCACGACGAGGAGGACGAGAUCUACGAGGGCGAAUACCAGGGCAUCCCCCGGCACGACUCGCUGAAGACGGGGGAGCGGCUGGGGGCCGAGGCGGCCGUCGGCGCCUUCGACGACAGCGAGGGGCAGCGGCGGAAGGACAAGGAGGAGCUGGCGCAGCAGUACGAGCUCAUCCUGCAGGAGUGCGGCCACGGCCGCUUCCAGUGGACCCUCUACUUCGUCCUGGGACUGGCCCUCAUGGCCGACGGCGUGGAGGUCUUCGUGGUGGGCUUCGUCCUGCCCAGCGCCGAGAAGGACAUGUGCCUCUCCGACUCCAACAAGGGCAUGCUGGGGCUCAUCGUGUACCUGGGCAUGAUGGUGGGCGCCUUCCUGUGGGGCGGGCUGGCCGACCGCCUGGGCCGAAGGCAGUGCCUCCUCAUCUCCCUCUCCGUCAACAGCGUCUUCGCCUUCUUCUCCUCCUUCGUCCAAGGCUACGGCACCUUCCUCUUCUGCCGCCUCCUCUCGGGCGUGGGCAUCGGCGGCUCCAUCCCCAUCGUCUUCUCCUACUUCUCGGAGUUCCUGGCGCAGGAGAAGCGCGGGGAGCACCUGAGCUGGCUCUGCAUGUUCUGGAUGAUCGGGGGCAUCUACGCCUCCGCCAUGGCUUGGGCCAUCAUCCCCCACUACGGCUGGAGCUUCCAGAUGGGCUCAGCGUACCAGUUCCACAGCUGGAGGGUCUUCGUCCUGGUCUGCGCCUUCCCCUCGGUCUUCGCCAUCGGGGCGCUCACCACCAUGCCCGAGAGCCCCCGCUUCUUCCUGGAGAACGGCAAGCACGACGAGGCCUGGAUGGUGCUGAAGCAGGUCCACGACACCAACAUGAGGGCCAAGGGCCACCCCGAAAGGGUCUUCUCGGUGACCCACAUCAAGACCAUCAAGCGAGAGGACGAACUCAUCGAGAUCCAGUCGGACACCGGCACGUGGUACCGGCGCUGGCUCGUCCGAUUCCUCAACCUCUCGCAGCAGGUCUGGAGCAACUUCCAGCAGUGCUUCGCGCCCGAGUACCGCCGGGUGACGCUGAUGAUGAUGGCCGUGUGGUUCACCAUGUCCUUCAGCUACUACGGGCUGACGGUCUGGUUCCCGGACAUGAUAAAGCACCUGCAGAACAUCGAGUACGCCUCACGCACCAAACUCUUCACCCGCGAGAAGGUCCGGCACUUCACCUUCAACUUCACCCUGGAGAACCAGGUCCACCAGGGCGGGGAGUACUUCAACGACAAGUUCAUCGGCCUGAAGAUGAAGUCGGUGACGUUCGAGGACUCGCUCUUCGAGGAGUGCUACUUCGAGGACAUCACCUCCAGCAACACCUUCUUCAAGAACUGCACCUUCAUCUCCACCGUCUUCUACAACACGGAUCUCUUUGAGUACAAGUUCAUCAACAGCCGGGUGGUGAACAGCACCUUCCUGCACAACAAGGAGGGCUGCCAGCUGGACUUCAGCGACGACAACAACGCCUACAUGAUCUACUUCGUCAGCUUCCUGGGCACCCUGGAGCUCCCCGGGAACAUCGUCUCCGCGCUCCUCAUGGACAAGAUCGGCCGCCUCCGCAUGCUGGCCGGCUCCAGCGUCAUGUCCUGCGUCAGCUGCUUCUUCCUCUCCUUCGGCAACAGCGAGUCGGCCAUGAUCGCGCUGCUCUGCCUCUUCGGCGGCGUCAGCAUCGCCUCCUGGAACGCGCUCGACGUGCUCACCGUGGAGCUCUACCCCUCCGACAAGAGGACGACGGCCUUCGGCUUCCUCAACGCGCUCUGCAAGCUGGCGGCCGUGUUGGGCAUCAGCAUCUUCACCUCCUUCGUGGGCAUCACCAAAGCGGUGCCCAUCCUCUUGGCCUCCGCCGCCCUGGCCCUCGGCAGCUCCCUCGCCCUCAAACUGCCCGAAACGCGGGGGCAAGUCUUGCAGUGAGGGGGUGGGGGGGCCCCACACUGGGGAGGGGGUGUCCCGUCCCCGUCCCCCCCAAACUCCCUGGGCCACCCCGCAGCCCCGCUCCCGGCCCCCCUCGGGAUUAGUCGCGUUAGA